CCGCGCUGCCCGCGGCGGCCGCAGGCCCGGCCAGGCCCGGCGGUUCCGCAGCUGCUCCUGCUGCUCUGCCCUCCGGCGUUUCACCUCCGCGGCCCAGGUCGGCAGCUCCAGGAUGCAGUCGAAGAGGCUCACCACAGAACCUCCAUGUAUAACAGAAGAAGUGUUCGAAGAAUGCUUAGCCACAGAUGAUAUGCUUGUGGACUACUUUAAUGAAUUUUUGAGUCUUCCGACUUUUGCCCAGCCAGUGAAGUUUAACUCAGAUGCUGGGGUUUUUGAAGUAGUUAAUUAUGCCCCACGAUGCCUGGAAAGCCAGCUGAAAAAAAAUCUACAUGAUCAGAAACCUCCAAAUCCCAUUUAUGAUGUUCUAAGGAAAGCGAAGAAUGACGGGCAGCUCUCCAAAAUGCACAGUGCUUCUCCAGCCUUCAAUAUGGAUCCAAAUUACAACACUAUGUGUCUUGAUCGAGAACAAGCAAUUCAGUGGAUUAAGAAAGAAAGGCUUCCAGCAUUUCUAGGAAGUGACUGUUACUUUGAAUACAGACUAGCUAAAUUGAUAUCCCAGGUAGAAUGGAGCAAGACUGGCAUGAAUUUCAUUAUAGAUAGUGACUACUAUCCCUGGAUAAGGAAGCAAGACCUAAGUUCCCCCCAUCCUGAGGAACAUGACACUUCACUGACUAUGAAGAAGUUCUAUGUAUCACUUGGCCAGGCUACGGUUUCUCAGGUGAAGGAUUGGUUUACAUUAGCAAAAGAAGGUGAUUCCACGAGAACUACGGAUUCAUCUACACACCCUGUAACUUCUAGUCAAAUUCAAAAUAUUCAGCAUGAAAGAGACAAAUCAUUAAGUGAAAAAGAUAGCCUCCUGGAAGCAGGUUCCCUGUCUGAGGAGUGCCAACAACAGAGUUUCCUUUCCCCUUCGAGGACUGCAUCCGCAAAAGCUGACGCUGCUAAUGAGAGAUCCAGCAAGGCUGAGGAGGGCUCUUCUGUGGCCAUUUCUGAACCUCCUUCCCACAGGCAGUUAAGAGUUUCUCUAGACCCAAAAUGGGGCAGUGCAGCAAAAGAAGAAAAUGAACAGGAAAGCACAACUUUUCAGACACCAGAAAAAUUCAUGCCAGCUUCUACUCAAAUUGUAAUGAAGGAACCCAUUUCAGAACUGACUCACCAGCCAGCUGCUGACACUGUUGCCUGUAGUACUGCAGAGUCACUCUUUAAACAAAGUUCUUCUCCACUUACUGCCUUGGACUCCAAGGGAGAUGUAAGAAAACGAGAUCCUGAAGAAGUAAGCUUAUGUUCAAGUUCUGAAAGUGGUGGGCCUGACAGCAGGGCUGCCUGGUGUCUUAGUCAUGGGACUUAUGACACUGGCAACAGACAUGAGUUUGAAAGAUUCAAGAAGUUCAUUAAAGGAACACUUGGGGAAAGGUACUGGUGGCUCUGGAUGGAUAUUGAAAGACUAAAGGCUCUUAAGAACACUACGAGACAGCAAAGGCAUCUCAGUAAGAUGAAAAAACUGUACCUGCUGAGCAGUGGAGACUAUUUCCUCAGUUCAGAAGUAUUACUCAGGCUUGAUCUACUGCAUGGAGAUCAGUGGAAUAUAUGGCAUUUAAGACAGAUUCAGCCUGAAGUAGUGAAACCUCUACUUCUUUACUGGGGCCCCAGAUUUUGUGUCACUCAUUCAACAGCAAUAGAGGCUGCCAGUGCAAAACUGAAGUUCUGGCACACAUGUCAAGAGAGACCGAGGGUGGACAUUGAUCCUUUCCCACAAAUAGUGUCAUUGUUACCGUUGACCCAAAAGUCUUGCAUACCUGGGAUACAACCUUCCCUUCUUCAGAGAUCAUCAAGAUUACCACCUACCCUGACAUCAAGUCAGAGUACCCAACAGGAUGACAUUCCUAGCAGUAGAAUGUGGUCAAAGUCAGUGAGCACAGACAUGAUUCAUUGCUUAGCUUUGGAUGGCACCAAAGAUUCAAGGUACCAGGGUUAUAGAAAGUACACCUAUGCUGAGUUGCUCCGUGGGAAAAGUGCUGCUGGCAGUGUUGUCUUAGGGGGAUCAAGAAUGGAAAGCAUGCUGCAGUCUCUUUAUUUGGAGAACAGAGCAGGCUACUACUUCACAGAAUUCUGUGAGAAGUCAGGGAAUAAGUUGUGGAAGAACUGUGUGUACUUUUGGUUCGACCUACAGGCUUAUCAUCAGCUUUUUUACCAAGAAACUCUUCAACCUUUUCAAAUAUGCAAGCAAGCUCAAUUCCUUUAUGCAACUUACAUUGCCCCAUCUGCCAGUAUGGACAUUGGACUUCAUCAGAAUAAGAGAAACAUGAUUUAUCAGAAAAUGGACCCAGCUUUUGAGGACCUUUUUGACCCAGCAGAAGAAUAUAUUCUCACUAUUCUCCUAGAACCAUGGAUGAAGAUGGUGGAAGCAGAUAAAUAUACUUAUGGAAAGGUGGAGUUGGUGGAAGAAACUCAACAGCUGGACUCUGUGUGCUUUAGAAAGCUCCAGGCUUUGCAUCAAGUGAGUGGUUCCAAGAAGGAUGAGAGUAUUGUUGCUGACACUGGUCUGCCAUCCGUCCCUGAUGAUCAAUACUUGCAUCAAAUUCCCAAAGGAUUGGCAGGUCCUAAUCUGUCUGACCUGAUCCACAACAAAGAGAAGUUAAACCAGUUCUGGGCUUUUCUUAAUGAGCAUUCUGCUGGCAUGGAUCUCAUGUGUUGGCUUGAUAUUGAAGAGUUCAGAAAGAUGCUCCACAAGGAUAAAGAAAAAAGUGAAGAAAAGUCUAAGGACAUUGAAAGCAAGUACUUUAAUGACGAGUACUUCUUUGGACCCAACAGCCCAGCUACCAGAGAGCAACAAGAAAAGCUAAUGCAUUCAGGUGGAGGAAGGAGACAAAUCCUUCAUGAUCAACUUUCGGCAGCAGUUCUGCUAGAAGUUCAGCAGUGCAUCCAGAAGAGAUUAGAAAAACAAUGGCUGCCAUUGUUCCUGGCAGAUGAACACCGUGGGGUGGAGGGACAAGCAAAGAUAAUGGACAUAACUGAAGAUCUUUUACGCAAAGACCAGCAGAAGACAACCAGGAUAUGGAAGCAUAUGGACAAUAAGUGUGUUUCUUCAUCUAGUGAAAUAAUUGCUUUCCGCAAAGCACUGUUGGAUCCGGUGACAGCAAAUCUGUUUCAACGCUUUGUGUCACUGCAAGGAGACCUGCUGGGGAAUGGAGUGCUCUUUUGGCAAGAAGUGCAAAAGUAUAAGGACUUGUGCCAUUCUCAUUGUGCUGAUGCCAUAGUCCAGAAAAAGAUCACAGCUAUUAUCAACUGCUUUAUUAAUUCUGCCAUACCCCCAGCUUUGCAGAUUGACAUCCCACCUGAACAAGCAAAGAAGAUUUUGGAGCGCAGGAAAGAACUAGGACCUUACAUUUUUAGAGAGGCACAGAUGACUGUUUUUGCUCUUCUGUUUAAAUUUUGGCCAGAAUUUUGUAAGUUUCAAAGCAAUGUGGAUAGUGAAAAAAUUCUACGUGCCUUGGAGAAAGAAAAGGAAAAAAAGAUGCGAAAGAAGGAAAGGAUAACAGCAAAGCAGGGUAAAGAAGCACAGAGAAAACUCAUCAACUUGACUCAACUGUCAAAGAGGGCCUUGACUCAACUGCAAAAGAGUGCCUUGACUCAGCUGCAAAAGAGUGACUUGACUCAGCUGCAAAAGAGUGACUUGACUCAGCUGCCAAGGAGUGCCUUGACUCAAAUGCCAAAGAGUUCCUUGACUCAACUGCCAAAGGGUGCUUUGGUAGAUACGGUUGACAUGAAGAGAGGAUCAGCACCAUCUUUAGAUGGAUUUGGAUGGGAGGCUUCCUGGUCCUAUUCCAAGUACAUAGAAGCCUUGGAGCAGGAGAGAAUACUCAUUAAAAGGGAAGAAGAUUUGGAGGAAACCUCAUCAUCAUUCCUUUCAGGCACUUUAAAUCUCUCUGAGGAAGGGAAUGCAGAGACAUUCAAUGGAGGUGGCCAGGAGACAUAAAUAUAACGUUCAUGCAAGGUUUGUUCUUACAUUUCCAGAGCAAAGAUGAUGACUUGGAAUAUUAUUAAGAACCAUGGGAUAAUUAUCAAGUGUAGAAAAUAAACAUCUUCCAAUGUAUUCCAUACCAACUUGACUGUGAUACUGACACCUUGAGGCUCAAAUCAGAGUAAGAUUCCACUGAAGUAUGCAAGGCACACACUACUAGGUAGUCUCAGUCUUAAAGAUCCUAUAAUCAAACCCAGUUCUUCAGUACUUGAUCUAAUGAAUAAGUAAAACACUGCAUUGAACUGACAACCCUGAAGCAGUGUGUCUUGGCACACUACGCUCUCACUGUGCAAUUCAUGCAACUUCUGUUCAUCAAGGAUAACUCCUGAGGUCUGUGAGUUAUUAUAAAGUCAAACACUGUUGGGGUUUGCUCCCAGUUCAGUCUAAUUCCUGGUCCAAAGAACACCUUCUGCCUCAUUUCUGAGUUUUGAUCCACAGGAAAGGCUUAAAAUCUAUCAGGACACAGAUGGGAUUGAGAACUUUUCUAAAAUGUCAUUCCACCCAAGGCAUUACUCACCAGACAGUUGCAGGAGCUCAUAGCUCUUGUGUAGCUCUCUCUAUUUUUAAAAAGUUUUAAAAAGACUUGGGGCACAGUUGAUGUUGGGACUGAGGACAACGGAUUAAUUGGGGAUUAAUUAAAAGAGGGCAGGGGCAGAAUUAACUGCUAGGCAAGGGGCAGGAUGAUGAUAGACCUCUCCACAUUUUUCAUACCACUUUAAAUACCAGUCGCCAGCCACAAAGUUGUUGGCUCCACUUUUUCCUGCAUGUAAAAGAAAGGCAGGUUGCUGAGUUGCUGAGGACUAGCCCUGAGUUAGGGAUGGGACUGUGUUCUGCUGCUUGUUCCAACCUCUUGGACAAGAAGAACAAGCCAUGCAGCCCUGUCUCCUUUGUCAGAAGUAAAGGUUCUUCACUUGGAGCUCUUAGACCAUGCUGCUAAGGACCGUUCAAGAGUGCUUUCCCCCUCAAUGAGGAGUGGCAACUAACGUCAACUAACAGUCUUUUGCUCUUGUCACAAUGACCAAAAAUUGUAAGGAAUUUCCGUUGGGUGUUGCUUCAGACAGGCUGGCAGGGAAGGAAGACACUUUAUUUUAUGGACAUAGCUGCCCUGCACAUAUAUUCUCACAGAAGGAGCAAGGAAGAUCACUGGUUCAGUUCCUGCUUCCCCACAGUUCAGAGUUUGCUUCAUGCAUGCCAUGUUUGGGUUGUUUGCUCAUCUGACAUUACCUGAGGAAGAUACCUUGGUUGGAAGCCACAAGAGAGUAAAACAUUAAACACUUGUCUCUGUUUUUUAUGUUUUCCCAAAUUUCACAAAUGCAGCAAACUUUAAUGCUCAGUACAUCUGAGGAGGGUGGAACACAGCAUCUUGUAAUGAGCACAGCACAUGUGGUACUGUGUGGCCUACCACUCAUUAAUGUGAAAGGCAAAGAAGAUUCACGAAAUGCCAUGAAUGCACUGAUGUAUGUCAGUCUAAAAAGCAUGUGGAAGGCAACCUUCUAUUGCUGUGGUCAGUACAGUACACGCAACCAAAAGCUGAAAUGUGGCAGGCAGUUUCUGUUUUGCUGUAUUCUUGCCUUCAAGGCAUUUUGAGGCAGUUAAAUAAUGUGUAGAUAUUACUUAUCUGAUGCUGGUAGUUACGAUUGAAUAACACUUCAAUUACUUAAAAAAUUAAAAAUAUUAUCCAGAUACUUGUCUCCUCAUGAAUAUGUUCCAGCCUUGCCAAAUUAUUAAUAAAAAUUUACCAGCAAAUUUACCUCAAGCAAAAACUACUGUCCCAGACAGUUAUUAUGAUUUAUACCAUACAUCCCUAUCAAACUUAAAAAAAACCCAAAAGAAGUACUUAGUGUACAUCAGUGAGUGAGUAGAGUUUUGGCCCUAUUCACUCAAAGUUCUGCAAACUGAAGCUUACUCUCAAUCCAGUUUGCAGUUCUGUCUCCCUGUUAAGUGAAAUAUAUAUGUGUGCACAUACACACACAUGCACUACCAUUUAUAGGCCAUGUCUUUGGUAUGCAGUUAAGAAGGAUCACAUGUAUUAGUAAUGCUAGAACUACAUGUAAUGUAAUAUCAUUAUUUCCAUUUUAUAUGUUAAUUUUAAAGAAAUAUUGGGCGAUUGGACAGGGAAUAAAUUAGGAGACAGGGACCCUUUAAUUUCAGUGUUAUUGAAUCCAAUCUGAUGCAAUGGCAGAUAAUUUGGAACUGCUACUUGGUGAUACACCUGAAAUGGAAUACUGGUGUUAGUCUCAUCCCGUGGGACCAAUUCCAGCAGAGAGCCUGAGAACUAACCAAAUGUUAUGACUCUAAAUGAUGAUUCUGUAUCACUUCAGAAAACUUGCCUUGCUGUUGAUUUUGUCUUGUUCUUCACAUCUAUUCUCCCUCAGAUUGCUGAUCUACCACCUCUAUGAGCUCAGCAGUUUUAAAGGGCUUGAAAAGUUUUUCUCAACAACCCUAGCACCUCUCCCUUUAAACAACUAAAAUUUAUUCCUUGUUUAUUUGAAGUAUGUAUACUUUCAAACUUUCAGAAGUCUAUGUGGAAUUUACUGCUCCAGACAAUAAAACCAAUCAUCUUUUUCAGAAACCUGUAAA